ACCAGCUCGCAGAGAGGUCGGUGAUAACAGCAUCCGUUGCUGUUAUUCAGCCCUCAACAUCUCAAUGAACUGUUGGCAAAGAAAGCACUGAUCGUGCCUACUGCUUAUGCAGGGCAGAGAUACUGAUCAGUGUCUGAAUACUGCAUCCUUUUUUUUCCCUUCUCUUUUUUCAUAUGAGAUUAUUUUUUCAUAGACUUUUUUUCAUUUUUAGGUUUUCCGUAGCCUAUUUCUUUCCACCAUGGUGCUAGGAAAGGUGAAGAGCUUCACAGUGAGCUACGACUGUCUCAAUGACAGCAACGUCCCCGUCUUCUCAAGCGGGGACUCCGUCUCAGGGAGGGUGAUCAUCGAAGUCACGGGAGAAAUCCGCGUGAAAUCUCUCAAAAUCCACGCAAAGGGAUUUGCAAAAGUUCGUUGGACCGAAUCGAGAAAUGCUGGAUCCAAUACUGCCUACACGCAAAACUACACGGAAGAAGUGGAAUAUCUAAACCACAAAGACAUCUUAAUUGGACACGAGCGAGAUGAUGACAACUCUGAGGAGGGACUCACCACUAUCCAUUCAGGAAGACAUGAGUAUGCAUUCAGCUUUGAGCUUCCACAGACACCUCUGGCUACCUCUUUUGAAGGGAAGCAUGGCAGUGUGCGCUAUUGGGUAAAGGCAGAACUCCACAGGCCAUGGCUCCUCCCAAUGAAGACCAAGAAGGAAUUCACAGUCUUUGAACACAUUGACAUCAACACUCCAUUAUUGCUGUCACCACAGGCAGGCACAAAAGACAAGACACUUUGCUGCUGGUUCUGCACCUCAGGUCCUAUCUCCUUAAGUGCCAAAAUCGAAAGGAAGGGAUAUACCCCAGGAGAGUCGAUCCAGAUCUUUGCAGAGAUCGAAAACUGCUCCUCCCGCAUGGUGGUGCCAAAGGCAGCCAUCUACCAGACCCAGACCUUUUAUGCCAAAGGAAAGAUGAAGGAGGUCAAGCAACUGGUAGCAAACCUGCGCGGAGAGUCUUUGUCCUCUGGUAAGACGGAGACAUGGAGCGGCAAGAUGCUAAAGAUCCCCCCUGUGUCCCCUUCCAUCCUGGACUGCAGCAUUAUCCGAGUGGAAUACUCCCUUAUGGUGUAUGUAGAUAUUCCUGGGGCGAUAAACCUUUCCCUUAACCUGCCCCUGGUCAUCGGCACCAUCCCUCUCCACCCUUUUGGCUCCCGCACCUCAAGCGUUAGCAGCCAGUGCAGCAUGACCAUGAGCUGGCUGGGUAUGGCUCUCCCUGAAAGGCCUGAAGCUCCUCCAAGCUAUGCAGAGAUUGUGACUGAAGAGCAGAGACAGAGUAGUCUUGAUGUCUCCUCAGCUCGUGAGGAGCUGGAUGGACCUCUCUUUGCCUACAUCCAUGAGUUUCGCUUCCAACCCCCUCCUCUGUAUUCUGAGAUUGAUCCUAACCCUGAUCAUGCCAGCCACACAGAGGAGCGCAGGCUGGACUCCUGUCCAUCGCGCUGAAGGUAACCCUUGAUGUUCAACCCGAAGAACUCCAAGAACUUCCCUCCAAGCAACCAACGUUAAGCUUUGUUCAUUUUUCCCCGGCGACAGCGCUGGCACUUUGCCGUCGACGUUGAGAGAAAACAUACAAACAAAGUAACUUUUAAAAAAAACAACCGACAUAAAGAGUUGGAACUAUGAUGAGUUGGGCUGGAUGAAAGAAAUCCUCCCCCCCCCCCACCUCCCAAACCCUCCCAGAUGAGAGGAACAGGAAGGCAGUAGUUUGGGGCAUCAAUUCCUUCCUUUGUUAAUCUGCCCGAGGGUUUAGGGGAAGGGUGAACAUAUAGUCAUUCUGUGAGAAAAGCCCCAGUAGUGGAGACGGCCCUGGUAGUAGUUUUAAAGAUGAUGUUGAAGAGUUACCAGGGCUCCAUCUGCCGAGCUCUACUUCAAUCUUUGAUUCUUCUGUACCAAUGGCACAUAAGGACAUGGCUCUCAACACAAAUGGGGAGGACUAUUCAUGUCUGGACUUGAGCAGAAUCAAGAAAAGAAAACAGGAUGAAGAGAGAAACAACCAAUAACAUUAUAACCACCCUAGUCUGUCUGAAAGUACUCAGCCGCAGCAGUCAACAAUGGAGCAAAGGCUAGCCUCCUGCCUGAUUUGGGAUUUUGUUUUGCACAUUAUAUUAGCUUGAGUUGUGUGGCUCCAUUUGAUGAGAAUUGGAAAAAAAAUCACUAAUAGUUUGGUUUCAGCCUUGUAUUGCGCUGGACUAAGAAUAUAAGAGACUGCAAGCUUAACUUCUAAACUCCCUAUCCGCACAACUUUGACCAUCGCAGAGAACAGGAUUUGAUUUUUUUUUUUAAAAGUGACUGAAAACAACAAAAAAUGCACUGAAUUUGUUCUAAGCUGUUUAAUAUGUUCCUUUUUUUCUCCUUAUGACGUUUCCUUGAUGACUUCUAAUAACUACACAGGACUUUUACACCUGCAGCACACUAUCUCCACCUGGAAGUUCGUUCAGAUGUUGCCUCCUCAGCUUGGAUCAAAAUGUGGCUUCCAUGUCUUGUUUUAGUAUUUAGCUCCAAAAAUACAAUGCCCUUCAGCCAAUUUUUUUUUUCCCCUUUGUAUUGCUGUUACUCUGGAUUUGGACUAGGAGGGUUGCAGCUGUGCAUUUGCCACUCAGAUUGUACCUGAAUAGAGGAAAGUGUGGUUUUGUAUGUAUGUUUGUGUGUAAGUGAUAAGAGUGGUAUUACCGUUGAGGGAUUUCCCUCAUCCUAAUUGCCUGCAGCUCUUCUACUCAUAAUCUCAGGGCAACUCGGGCGUACAUUACUGCCUACAAAGCAUUGUCUCAGGUGGUCUUCUCACUUGCCAAACGGUUGGAAAAAAAGAAAUAAAUGUAACGGUUUUCCUUGUAAAUUGCACUGUUUAGAAUAACGAAAACCUUUUCUUAAAAAAAAAAAAAAACGCUACCAAAACAAGAGAGAAGAGACAUAUACAGUGACGCAAGGCAGCUUUCUGAGACGAAUGACAUUCCCUUUUUGUCCCGCUGCACUUGCCCAAUUCGUCAAACCAGUUGUUAGAUUUGCCAGACCAGUGAAGCCAGAAUGCUAGAACUAAAAAAAACUGAACGGGAAGGUGAACAGGAAAUGACUUUUGCAUUAGUAAAGAAGCCUAGCACAAGUGAAUGGCUGGGAACGUUGCGGAAACCUCGGUUCAAACUGGCCAGAACAAGUUAGUGUUAGGUUGACAUGAGUAAUACAUUGGUUUUCAAACUCAUUCAACACAAUAGACCAGCUGGAACAGGGGUUUUGCAUCGUCAGGAAAAAAAAAAAAAAGUUAAGUAGCACUUUUUUUGAUAAGACAUUUCGGAGAAAAUGGUAUUCAAUGGUGAAGGUCUGGAAAAACAUUUGGUCGUAACAUUUUGAUGCUGAAGACAGUCUUCAGCCAAGCAGUGUUGUGUAGGACAUAACUGCGUUCAACCUGUAAAAUCAGUGACAAGCUUUUUUUUCCUACAUUUUGAACAUGGCUACCACAAGUUUUUGUUUGUGUUUUGUGUGUGUGUGUGUGUGUCUGCACGCUCUUAAGGUGAUCCAGCUGGCAACUUCAAAAUAUACAGCUUCUGACAGUAAUCGGUGAACUGCGGAUUUUGAAAGUGAUCUUAUCAUAGUGGCCUUGACACAGAAUAGACCUGAUUAUAUGAUUCUUCAUUCUUCAGUGUCUACAUUAAUAACAACCUUACUCUUGUUCUCCUCUCCCUUUUUUUUUUUUUCCUUCAUUUACUUGUAUAUGUCUGUAUACUUGAGACCUUUCCAUGUUUAUUCAAAAGGACAAAAAGGGAAGAGAAAAAAAAGUCCUUUUUAAAACCGAGUGUUUCAAAGAAAUGAUGAUCCCUGGACAGGCCUUUUUGAUUGUGUAUUAUGUCCAAAGCUGACGAGAGCUCACUGGGCUUUUUUUCGUGUUCUUUUCGGGCAUUGAUAUAGUUUGCUUUCCAGUCAAACAAUCGAUGCUGUUUAGUUAGUCUGUCUCGCCUCUCUGAGCACCCUGGGGCCUGGGGAAUACUAGCUGUUGAUCAGCACCCUUCCCACUCUUAGAACCACUUACUUAGUUUGUUAGUUACUUUGUUUGUUAGUUACGAUGGAGCAGUAGACAAACUGGCUAUUCCAAGACAAAAAUCACUUUCUGAUGUUUGCAUUUUUUUUUCUUUUCUUUUUUUUUUGGACUUUAUCUUAGGGAAUCUGUAUCAAAGCUCUACUAUAAUGAAUAAGCUUACAAAUUUGUUUCAGGUGGGUUGAUUCCAUAGUCCAUUUGUUUGGGCCUCUGAGUAGUCCAGUGUCAAAGCUAAGCUAAACUCCUGACUUGGUUAAAGACAGGAACUGAAAUGUCAAGAAAAAAAUCGAGAGGGGAUCUGAAAUGUUCUAGAAACAAAGUGCAAUAUUACUCAUUUCAGUUUUCUUUGUUCUCCAUUUGUAUGUCCUGUUUAUUUUUCUUUUUUUUGUUGUUUUUAGUAUUGUUCAUUAUCUUCAUGUAUAGAUAUUCUAUGAAUAUAUGUUCUGAACGAUUUAAUCUUUGUUUAGUUCCUUUGAGUUGAAUAAACUUGUUCUAAAUUAAAA